AUGCUUGAUGAAAAGAUUAGAGUUUUACAAGACAAAGGUUUAGGCAAUCCUAAAAAAUCUGAUGGGUUAACUAUAAAUAAGAUUACACAAAUUCUUGAUCAUCCAUAUAUGGAUACUAAUGACAAUGAAUCAUUUACUCAUCAUACAUCGUUCUCGAGAAAAUUUGCUGAAUAUUGCAAGAUUAGUAAUGAUCAAUCUAUUAUGAAUUUAGUGAUGCUUAUUCUAUUCUCAUUUGAAGAUUUGAAUUUAGAUAAAUAUAAUUAUAGCAAUGAAUAUAGGGGCUUGAUUGAAGAAGUAGAUGAGGAUGAUAAAUUAGAAACUCAACUACCCAACUAUGAAAUUCAAGAAACCCAACCACCUAAUUAUGAAAGUCAAAAUACCCAAGUACCUAACUAUAAAAUUCAAAAAACACAACUAUCUAGUGUAAAAAAUAGAUUAAGAAUUCCAAGACCAAAGCUCUGUCCUAGAACCAAUCCAUAUCUAGCAUCUUUAAUUAUGCCACCUUUCAAACUAUUAUAUCAUUCUGAUUCUUCAAUAAUUGCAAAAUAUGGUAAAAAAAAGAAAACCUUUGGCAAAUAUCAUUAA